AUGGCCAAAAUAACGGGUGCCCCGAAGGCGCCGACUGCCUCUGCGCCUGCAACAACAACACGACGCACCCGCAGCCAGAGCGCCGAACCGGCAGCGACUGCGCCAGCACCUCGAACUGGCGUCGCCUCACGGAGUCGUGGAGGGCGGAACUCAAGAGCAAGUAGUGAAGAAGCGGACGAUGGGCCAAGGAGAAAGAAUAAUAAUGCCGCUGCCCCCGCCGUCGACCUCACCACUGUCGAUGAGGAUGAUGAUGACGAAGAUGCACAGCUUCAAGCCCAUAUCGCUCAGUCUCAGGCUGCCAUUGUCCCUCCAUCUCAGCCCAUACCUGCCGACACAAGAACAGCCUUCGAUCGCCGCCGCAUCUCAACUGGCUCGGCCAUUUCUGGCACCACCGCCAAAACUUCCUUCUCAGCCGAAGAAAUCGAGGAAAUGGACCCUGACAUCAUGAUCGAUGCCCUUCCGACUCUCGCUACUGCCGCCGAUGAGUUUGCACAUUUUCUGGCUCCAGAUGGCUCGGACACUUCUCCUGCUCUUUGGAAGGACAUUCGAACUACAGGCACAAAACUGUCCAAACUAUACGAACGCCGAAAGACUCCUUUCAACUUUCACAAGGGCAGCUUUGGGAGCCAAAAAUACAUCCAGCCUCGCAACGUUCUCAGGGCUUUCUUGGGAGUGCACUCCACGGCUGAGAUUCCUAAAGCGCCGUGGCGACCGGACCCCAUUCUCCUCAAAGCCAACCUGGCUGAGAUGCUCAACACUGUGUUUGUGGUAUGCGACAGUGAUCAGUGGACAUCCACAGGAUCAGAUGCUCUUGAAGGUCUACACGCUUCCUUGCCCGACGCCAUCGCCGGGCGCGACUUUGACCUCGCGACAUUCUCCUACUACCUCGACCUGACGGCUCAGCUGACUAUCCGACGCAUGGAUGUCUCCAUCGAGAGUGAGCCCAACUUCUCUCCGCACGCCGUUGUUGACAAUCUCUUCUACGAUGACGAUGAGACAUUUCGUCACAUGGAAGAACUUGGCUUGACGACCACGAGUGAGGAAAAUCGCAAUCACGCAUUGCAGCUGAUUGAUCGACUUGCUGAAGAGCUCAAGAAGCCGUUUCGCAGUAGGACUGGCAAUGGUGCGGCAGCAGCUAAUGGCAAGCUGAAGGCAAAAUAUCAGUGGGACUACUUGAAGAUGCACACGCUCAAGUACUACGAAGCGCGAGCAAAUCAGCUCACUAAGCGUAUUGCCAAAGCCGGUGGCGUCGCUCAAAUCUCACAAGCCCUUACAGAGGAGGUUGACAGAAGGAAAGAUAUGAAGGUUGCCGAUGAAAUCAGACUGAUCCGCCAAAAGCCGACGUCCACCCCACGCACAAGCCUGGCUGGCAUGGCUGCUCUGAAGGAACUGGAUGACAGCGACUAUGAAGACGGCUCUGCACGGGCAGCAUCGCAAGCUGAGUCUGCUGGAUCUGCGCCCCGUGAAUCUGAGGCCCAGCCUGAUUCAGACAUUCAGCUCGAGCUUGAGACCCAGCCUGAGCCCGAGCUCGAUCUCGAGCCUGUACCUGAGCUUGAAGCGGAGCACGAAUCCCUGUUCGUACCUGCCGACGAAGAGGAGCCCCCGCAGCAGCCUGAGCCUGAGCCUGAGCAUGAACCUCAGCGCCUCGUUGAUGUGGUCGAACGCGACUUUGCACCCAUCUCUCCUGCCCCUCGCAAGACUGCAGCCAAGUCAAGGUUAGACCAAAACUUCCGUAUGGCAUCGUCUUUCCACGAGAAGCAUCAAAAACGCCGACAGGAAAGCUCGCAGAAACAACGAGGACGAUUCAUUGAUCCGCAGCCCAAUGCCGUCUUCGUAGAGUGGAAUGAAGACGAGCUGAGCCAGCAGGAUGAUCGACGAGCGGAAGAGACACAGUUCCGUGACCCAAGAAUAUCGCCUCCCAAAGGCAAGCGCACCCGCACGCAGAUCGAGGAGGACGAGGAGGACGAAGAAGAGAACGGUAACAUCCCCGAUCCAACCCAAGACGAAGGCUUUCAGACAGACAAUCGAGACGUAUCGGCCGCCAACCAACGUCGCAAAGAAGUGAGCUUUGCGGGACAGACUCGUCCGCCCCCUCGCUACCGAAGCCUUGAUACAGACAGGAGUGCGGCCGGACCUUCAAACUACAGAUCCACUGCGCCUGAACCGGAGCCACGCCCAAGCCCUGCCAAACGCCAACGAUUAAACCCAGGCUCAUCCACUGUUCCCUUUAAUGAGCCUCUCCCUACUGGUACAGAUCUCCCUGUAAACGAACUCUACGCCCGUGCCAAAAUCUACGCCCGACAAAACAGUGCCGUCUCCAGCGCGCCUAGGCAGCUGCAGACCCGACGACCCUGGAGUGGGGAGGAAGAAGCCGCCCUGAUGGAACUCAUCGAAAAGCACGGCGGCGAUGGCGUCAGCUACGCCAACCUCAAAAACCUCGACGCUGCUCUGAAAGACGACGCCAAGCUUACGAGUCGCAGCGCGGAGGAUCUGAGGUGGAAGGCACGCAACAUGAAGGUCACGCUUCUGCUUGGGUUUGGCAGUCAGGAGCAGUUACCUGCGAAUUGGGAGUGGGUCAUGUUGGAUAAGAAGGCGAUGGAUAAGUUGAGGUCGAGGGGUGUUGCUUAUACGCAGGAUCGGCAGAGGGGGGUUAUGUAUGCGUAG